AUGCCUCGUCGAAAGUCUCUGUUGAUCGGCAUCAACUACACUGGGAGUGAUAACGAGUUGAACGGAUGCCACCAAGAUGUCGACAACGUUGCAGAGUUCAUCAAAUAUCGAGGCUAUCAGGACACUCCACAGGACCAGGUUGUCCUGCGUGAUGACUUGGACCCAGAGUAUGCACCGACAGGACACAACAUCCUGGCAGCCAUGGACUGGCUCGUCAGUGAAGAACAUACAACAUGCUUCUUCCACUAUUCAGGUCACGGCGGCCAGAUCGACGACCCUAAUGGAAAGCGUCCGUCAGGCCUGCUUGAUACCAUCGUACCCGUUAAUUACAAGGACAAUGGCAUGAUUGAUUCGGAUGUGCUCCAUAAACAUCUCGUGUCCAAGUUGCCACCGACAAGUACUCUGUUCCUCAUCCUCGACUGCUGCCACUCUGGCUCAACUCUGGAGUUACCAUAUGUCUAUCGAAGCGAUGACGACGGCAACGUCCACAAGCUCGACGGCUACCACGCCGGACUUGCCCUCCUCCAAGAAGCAAAAGAAUUGUUCACUGGUAGCUCCAGUGCCGACAAAGAAGCUCAGGCUCGAGAUCUUUACGCCGGAGCCACUUCGUUCAUGCGCAGUCUGAGGCACAAUCGGCAGUUGACAGGCCUAAAACCAGACGAUUUCACUCAAGAAUAG